AUGGACGUUCAACUCUCGCUGUCGCCACUGCCCUUACAUUCACCUGAGCAACCACUUGAGCCAGCGUCAGCAGAUGCCACCCCUCAUACGUCUAUGCCACUGCCUCCAGAGGCUAUAUAUAGCUCUAAAGAAGAGCUAUAUACUUCAAUUCAAGCCUGGGCAGCACAUCAUUGCUAUGCUUUUCGUAUUGGACGGUCAACAAAGAUCCAUGGCGGUCCUAGGACGAAGAUCACGUAUAAUUGCGACCGUUACGGCCUACCACCAUCCGAAAAACAUCCGCAACAGCAUUUACAAGCACGUAAGCGACAGACAACUACUCGAAAAACUGGCUGCCAGUUCUCAAUAGUAGCGCUUGAAUGUAUAAAUUCUCAAUGGGAGUUACGCUAUAGGCCUGGCGUAGAGUAUAGUCUACAUAACCACCUUCCAAGUCAAUCAGUUAGCUCUCAUCCAGCACACCGGAAGCUAGCACAAGCAGAGAUAAAUCAGGCUAGAUCUUUACACAAUGCAGGUAAGAUAGAAAGUAACUUGAAAUAAUUUAAGUCUAAUAUAUAUUUAGGGAUUAAGCCAAGCCAAGCAAUUACAUACCUUCGCCAGAUAACUACUACCCCACUUCAACCGUACGACAUAUAUAACCUGAAUGCCUCUUUUAAAAGAGAGCAAAGACAUGGACUCUCUCCAAACGACGCCCUUAUUCAGCACCUUACAGAUAACAAAAUACACUUCAAAAUCAAUGUCACGUCAGAGAACCGGACACAACACCUCUUCAUUGCAUAUCCACAGUCAAUUCAGCUUGCACAGACUAAUCAAGAUGUUGUAUUAGUUGAUAAUACAUAUAAGACAAAUAAGUUUCAGAUGCCACUCUUACAUAUGAUUGGUAAGUACCGCUUUUGACUUAUUUGUACGCUUAUAAUACUAAGUAUUCAUAGGUGUUACAAGCUCUGGAUUAACGUUCUCAAUUGGAUUUUGCUUCCUUCCCGGUGAAACACAGGAAGACUUUAUAUGGGGAUUCCAAUGUUUUCAAGAGCUUGGAAUUAACCCUGGAGCUAUAGUUAUAGACGGUGACCAGGCUCAAAAGAAUGCGUCAGAAGAGGUGUUUCCGCACGCCCCUACACUACUCUGUAUUUGGCAUGUAAACCAAUGUGUACUUGCUAAAUGUAAGAAUGUAGUCGGGGAAGAGGAUUGGAAGGCUUUUGAGGCUGCCUGGCGUAUAGUUAUUCAAGCACAGACAAUUGAGCAAUUUGAUAAGCGCUGGCUUGAGUUUCAGACUCAAUACUCAAACCCUAAGACUCAACAGUGUGUGGCAUACCUACAAAACGAGUGGCUAAAACCUGGUCAAAAGGAGCGUUUAGUUGAGGCUUGGACAAAUCAAUACUUACACUUCGGUAUACGAGUAACCUCCCGUGCUGAAGGAGCUCAUGCAUAUAUUAAGCGCUACCUAGGGGGCAAAAAAACCAAGGGGGACCUCUAUUCAUCAUGGCUACUUAUUGAAGCAGCUGUAAUCAACCAAAUUACAGCUGUAUCAACUCGUAUAAGUAUGUUACAGGACCGCGCACCACUUGAUAUAGACAAGAAGCUAUAUCAAGGCUGUUUUGGGGUAGUCACUUGGUAUGCACUACGACUUGUACAACGACAUCAAGAGACUGUUUCUCGGCCACUACUGCCCUGUACUGGUGCUUUUACCCGGGCAAUGGGCUUGCCUUGUGCACAUAUAUGCGAGAUAAAGAAGGACACUACUGGGCUUACUCCAUCAGACUUUCAUGAGCACUGGUACUGGGACCGUAAAAGCACUAUACAGCCACUACUUAACCCUCUAUGGGCUGGUAGACAGCGUAUAGCAAACGCAGAGGUUGCUCACACAGGCCGGAUUCUCUCAAAAGGGGAGAAAAAAGCAAAGCAAUUACCUAAAUGCUCUGCUAGCCACAGGCAAGGCCACACAAUGAGUAGCCGUAGCUGCCCGUUGAAACUACAAGCAUCAAUUGCUGCUCAAAGCUAGAUUCUCCUUGAAUUAGAUACAGUGCCCACAUCACCCACAUUAUCCACAUCACCUACAGCACCUUCAGCACCUCUAGCAUCAGCACCUUUAGCAUCUCUAGCACCAACUGUACCUAAGCAGCUUUCACCAGAUCGGCCAGAAGUCUUAAUUCUGGCCUACCUAGCUGAAAAAACAGCCUGGCUAGCCCAGCAUCCUACUAUACGGCCAGCAGAAUAUCGUAAGGCCCGAAAAUGGAAAACACCAAGGCCGAAAAUUUUAAAAGAGCAGGUAUUUUAUAUGCCUAGGGAGCGGCGUGAUCUUACAGGUACUAUUAUUACAAAUAAAGCUGACUGGACAAAUGAGGAGAUUAUAGCAUGGCUAGAUAACGAGGAAAAGAAGGAGCAAGAUGAGUAUAAUAUGCUUGAAUCAGAGUUUAUUAGGAAUAGGAAUAGGAAUACUGAGAAUAGGAGUAGGGAUAUAUGGGCUAGACUUGAGGAGGAGUAUGCGCGAGACUCGGAGCGAUAUAUAUUGUAG